AUGAAGUCCUGUGUGUGGCGGCGGCGGCGUGGGCGGCUCCCAGGCGGCUACAACUACCAGGCGCCCGUGGUUCAGCAGCCCGAGUACCCGUCGGUGCCCGCCCAGUACAACUUCCAGUGGGACGUCAACGACCAGAACUCCGGCAACUUCUACGGCCAACAGGAACAGCGCGACGGCGACAACACUCGGGGCAGUUACUACGUCCAGCUGCCCGAUUCUCGCCUCAUGAGGGUCGACUACUACUCCGACGCCAGCGGUUUCCACCCCACAGUCACCUUCGAGGGCGAGGCACAGUACCCAAGUGCCCCUGCCCAGGUGUACUCUCAGCCCGCCCUGCCCUGCUCAGGUGUACUCCCAGCCGCCCCCUGCCCCUGCGCCCUACCCAGCAGUACCCCAGCCUGA